GCUGUUCAAUUUCGAAAAAAAUGGUUACAAUUUAAUACAUCGAAUAUGAAUGAUUACAAAUCAUUUUCACAUCUUCGUUUAAUUGAUUCAGAAAAAGGAUAUGAACGUCAAGGACGGUAUUUAUCACAUGUUUUUGGGACAAAUUGGUAUGAAUAUUGGGAAUUUUUAGAUGAUUUUAUUGAUUUAAGCUCUGAAGAUGGUAUGUUAGCUUUAGAAGAAUAUCUAUCUAAUUAUCCAUUAUUGAAUACUACUGAUCAUCAACCAGUAAAACAAACUAUCAAUAAUGGAAAUGGCUUAAACAAUAAAAACUCAGAAGACAGUAGUAGUAGUAGUUGUAUUGUAACAAACAUGUUGCAAGAUGAUGACAUUCAAACGGACUGUACAUUUUCUACAGGACCACUAUUCGCUGAUGAUGAUGAUGAUAAUGGUAAUACUGACAACGAUAUAUUUGCUCCAACAACACCGAUUAUUCGUGGAAAAUUAUUGUCCAAAAGCAAUUUAACAAAUAACAACGAAUUAUUCAAAUCAUCAUCUCAUACGGAACGUUGGAUAUCUUAUCGUCAUGAUAGAAAUUAUAUGCAUGGUUUAAAUGAUAGUUUAGAAGAUAGUUCUGAACAGACAAACACGGAUAUUCAAUCUCAUGAAGAAAUUUCCUCUUGUGAAAACUCAGUAGAUAAAGUUGUCGUUGUCAGUCCUAUUGUAGGACUUUUGAAGCGUUUGACAUUUGUAAGCCCAAUGAGCUGGUUAAAAACAAGUAAUCAAUUGGACAAAAAUGACCAAAUAUCUUCAACUACAGACAAUAUAAUCUCAAUCGAAGAUGCUAAUUCUACUACCAAUCAACAUACUGAUCAUAUGUCUGAAUUGAGACAUUCAAACAAACGUAGAAUAUCAGCAACAAGCAUUCGAAGCUUAGAUUCAUCUUUAGAAAAACCUGGUGGCAAGAAACACUCACCUGAAAAAACAAAAACUAAACCAACAUGUCAAUUGAUAACAAAACAGUUACCGCAUUACUUCAUUCAUAUUUAUAAAGCAUUGCCUGGUAAUGACAAUGAACUGAAAGAUUUUAAUCCGCCCGAAUUACCACCACAAAAACCCACACCCUCUCUUGUACUAUGUGCAUUAAACAAUUCUAAAUUCUUAAAAUGUAUUGAAUUAACUGAAUAUUUUCAAUCUUACUUAAAAAGAUCUUCAUAAAAUAUUUCAGAUUAUUAUUAUUAUUAUUAUUAUUAUUA